UCAUAAAAUUUCUAGUUCCUAUAUUUUGGCUAACCAAACAAGUUCUCCCAAGCCGUUAAACGCCGGGCACCGUCCUGACUUCCCCGCCAAAACCUAAACACCCAGAGGCCACAGUAACAGAGGACAGAGAGACCGAGCGCGCGCGCUGAGAAUGGAGGAGAGAGAAAUCCUGGUGCGCAGCCUAAGCGGAGAAUCCAUCACCAUUUCAAUUUCGUCUACCAAAACAAUUGCAGACCUCAAACUCAUCUUGAAACACCGCUUUCCUCCUGCCUCGUCGUCUGACUUCCACCUUUUCCUCAGAGGUAUGAAACUAGGUAUUAAGAGUCAAAUAGGAAGUCACUCCAUUAGCUCAGGAGAUUUUAUUGCUCUUAUGCCGUUUACAAAGAAAGAAAAAUCACAAAAUCUACAAUCUGAGGGAUCUGGAGUUGCCUCGAAGACUACUCCACAAAGUGAAACUUCAAACCUAGCAGAAUCAGCUUGGUGUGAUAUGAUGGAAGAUUUGUCUUAUCUAAGCAAUUCAGUGAUUUCUGAAGAACAACCUGGUUGUUUGUCAGAUUGUUUUUCUGAUAAAAGUAAAGGUGAUAUGAUGGACGAGAAUCAUACAAGUAAUUAUGCAAGAAAGCGUAGAAAGAUUUCCCAAGUUGAAAGUAAGGCGGGGAUUCCUGAAGAUCUUGUAUCUAGUUUAUUGCAUUCCUCAAAACAGCAUGUUCUAGAUAAAGACGUUUGUGAAAAGUUCCUUAAGGUUUUGGAGUAUAUAGGUUGCUUUUCGGAUGCAGAAACUGGGAAGUGUAUGCUGUUGAGUAAGGUUGACAUGCAGGAGGAUUCCCAACCAGCCCAGCCCUCUUGUUCAUGCCUUUGCCCAACAUGGUUAACAGUAAUGAUGAAGUCGUUUACAUUCUUGAACGUUCUUGCUGGAUUUCUACAAGUGAAUUAUGAAACAGUUACAUUUGACCUUGUCAAGAAUUCACUUGAUGGACUUCGUGAACUUGGUUUCUGUGCUAGUGUAGAAGAUUUGAAGCGCCUACCAGAUCUCUGCCCUAAGGUUGUGCAUUUUAUUGACCAAGAAGCAGAAAGUAACAUGUCACUUGAUGUUAUUGUGAUUGUUAAUUUAUCAAGAGAAAAGACUGACAAAAUUAAAAGCAAUGUGAAAGCUCGAAAACUGGUUCCUGUCACAAAGAUAAUCAGUUCGAUAAAGAGAAGACAGAUACUCUUCAGAACAACUUUAAAGGAAGGUCUCAGAUUACUUGUGCCUGAUGGAAUCUAUGAGAAAGCUUUUUCGCUGGAGGAGCUUAUCUCAUCUGUAAAGAAAACUGAUCUAUCCUCAUAUGGAACAACAGCAUCAAAAAGUAGGAGCGCUGUUACAGUGCGGUGUUGUGAGACUCAUCCGCUUUCACCCACGUUGAUGCUUGAACAUCUUAGGAAGGGCAUCGGGUCUAGAGGACAGAUAGUACAUGUAGAAGAAAUUAAACCAAGAGUAGCAGACUACACUGACAUCCCUAAUGAAUUAUCAGAAAAUGCAAAAUCUGCUCUGCAGACUCUGGGAAUUACAAAGCUGUAUAGCCACCAGGUCGAGUCUAUAAGGGCUUCUUUGUGUGACAAAAAUGUAGUAGUAGCCACCAUGACAUCUAGCGGGAAAUCUCUUUGCUACAAUAUACCAGUACUUGAAGCAUUAUCCCAAAAUUGGCUAUCAUGUGCGCUAUAUUUGUUUCCUACUAAGGCCUUAGCCCAGGAUCAGUGGCGAGCAUUGCUGUCUAUGACUAGAAACUUUGAACAUGUCAAAGUUGGUGUGUAUGAUGGUGACACACCUCAACAUGAGAGGAAUCAGCUUCGUGACAAUGCCAGACUGCUGAUCACCAAUCCAGAUAUGCUGCAUAUGUCAAUCUUGCCAUUUCAUGGACAGUUUCAGCGAAUUUUAUCAAAUCUUAAGUUUGUAGUCUUUGAUGAAGCACAUGCUUAUAAGGGAGCAUUUGGAUGCCAUACUUCCCUUAUAUUGAGGAGACUACGCCGCUUAUGUUCGCAUGUGUAUGGCUCUGAUCCUUCUUUUGUCUUUUCUACCGCAACUUCUGCCAACCCCCGUGAGCAUGCAAUGGAGCUUGCAAAUUUACCAACAAUGGAGUUGAUUGACAAAGAUGGUAGUCCUUCAGCUCCAAAGCUCUUUACUCUUUGGAAUCCACCUUUGUGUCCAAAAACUGUGACUGGCACAAGAACCAAAACCGUUAUCACAAAAAGGUCUAGCCCUAUACUUGAGGUUUCACAACUCUUUGCUGAAAUGGUGCAGCAUGGACUUCGUAGCAUUGCAUUCUGCAAAACACGCAAACUUUGUGAACUCGUCUUAUCUUACACACGUGAGAUUCUUCAAGAUACAGCACCUCAUCUUGCCAAUUCCAUUUGUGCUUAUCGUGGUGGCUAUGUUGCUGAGGAUAGGAGAAGGAUAGAGAGUGACUUCUUUGAUGGGAAGCUCUGUGGAGUUGCCGCAACUAAUGCUCUUGAGUUGGGUAUUGAUGUUGGACACAUUGAUGUGACAUUGCAUCUAGGUUUUCCUGGUAGUAUUUCUAGUCUGCGGCAGCAAGCAGGUAGGUCUGGAAGAAGGGGACAACCAUCACUUGCUGUUUACGUUGCAUUUGAAGGACCUCUGGAUCAGUAUUUCAUGAAGUUUCCUCUAAAACUAUUUCAAAGCCCUGUAGAAUGCUGCCAUGUAGAUGCUCAAAACCCAAAGGUUCUUGAGCAGCACCUCAUUUGUGCUGCCAUAGAGCAUCCUCUGAGUUUGAUAUAUGAUGGAAAGUAUUUUGGUUCUGGUUUAAAUAAUGCAGUUACAGCGCUUGAAACCAGGGGAUAUUUAUCUGCUGAUCCCUCUCGCACGUCAACAGCAAAGAUAUGGAGCUACAUUGGCCAAGAGAAAUCACCUUCUCAUUCAAUUAGUAUCCGCGCAAUUGAGUCUGAGAAAUACAAAGUAAUUGAUGGGAAAACAAAUGAAGUUCUUGAAGAGAUUGAAGAGAGCAGGGCUUUUUUCCAGGUAUAUGAAGGGGCAAUCUACAUGAAUCAGGGGAAGACUUAUUUAGUGAAGGAGUUGGGUUUAUCGAGUAAGAUUGCAGUUUGCCAGAGAGCAGAUGUAAAGUACUAUACACAGACUCGUGACUACACUGACAUUGAUGUCAUUGGAGGUGAUCUUGCAUAUCAGAUGAGAGCUUCAAAGAUGCAGUUUCAUGGAACAACUGCCCUAACAAACUCCUGCACAGUAACCACCACUUGGUUUGGUUUUCGUCAAAUCUGUAAGCGAACCAGUAAAGUACUUGACACAGUUGAUCUUGUACUUCCCAAAUAUUCAUAUGAAUCACAGGCUGUCUGGAUUCGAGUUCCCACGUCUUUAAAAACAGCAGUGGAGCAAAAGGGAUUUUCUUUUCGUUCCGGGUUACAUGCUGCGUCUCAUGCUAUCCUCAAUGUUGUUCCAUUGUACAUAAUCUGCGACUCCUCGGAUUUAGCUCCAGAGUGUGCAAAUCCUCAUGAAACCCGUUAUAUACCAGAAAGAAUCUUAUUAUAUGACCAACGUCCUGGAGGAACAGGACUUUCAAUGCGGAUUCAACCACUUUUCAAUGAUUUGCUGACUUCUGCUUUGGAUAUGCUUACAUCAUGCUACUGUUCUGAAGAUGUUGGUUGCCCCAACUGUGUCCAAACACUCGCCUGUCAAGAGUAUAAUGAACUGUUGCACAAGGAUGCUGCAAUCAUGAUUAUCAAGGGUGUUUUAGAGGCGGAAGACUUGUACUGGCGACAAGAUCCUGGCCCCGCAGAAACUACAUGAGUUCGGAUGUUUGCCUUUGGUGUGUGUAUGCCAUCCUCAGCAGCUUGACAAGUAAUAUAUGAAUCCUCAACUCUUGCAAAAGAUAUUUGGUUCUGAAAAGUUUACGCUUGACCUCUCGAGCAGAUCUAUUUCCAGAGUGUUUCAUCGGAAUACAAGCAACUGACCGGACAAACUGCCUCGAUAUUUCACUGACAAAUCUGUUGGGUCACCGCCUGUUUGCCAAACUACAAAAACAUACACAUGUGUCUUACCUGAACUGUACAAAGUAUAAUGGUACAAGAUCAAAUUUACUUACUUGGAAGUGUUGUCAGAAUAUAUAUUUUUACAGACCAGGUGUACAUAUGAGUUUUCAGGUUCAUUCACUCAAUUAAAAUGGUAUAUAUUUGUCCAAAUUAUUUUUACUCCUAUCUGGUUGAGAUGAAUGUACAUAGUUGCUUUUCAUAACUUUUUAUUAA